AUGAGUCUGGCUAAACUCCCUGGCAUAAAGGGCCUUGUGGCGAGCUCUCAAGUCAAAAGACGUUUCAAGAGUGACUUGUCUGUGGACAUGAUUGGUCCACCCAUGGGAGACUUCCGCCACACCAUGCAUGUCGGACGCGGGGGCGAAGUCUUUGGAGACACCUCUUUCCUCAGCAAUUAUGGAGGUGGGGUCAGGGAGCCGGGCAGUCCAGACUCCACCACCUCCAGGACCGGCUUUUUCACCCGAAAAUUCAAACAUUUGCGCAAGAACUCUGGACCACGCCCUCGGGGCGGGUCACGUGACCUGUCGUCGCCGCCCCCUGAUGAAUCGCCCAUCAUCAAGAAUGCCAUUUCUCUGCCACACCUCAACAUGGUGGACUCUUCCAGCAGCUGCCUGCAGAGGGCAGCAGUAACAACGUCGUUCAGCUCCACAGAUGAUGCGCUCUGUACAUAUGGUCACCAGGCUGGAUUUAUGACACUCCCUCGGUUCUCCCGCCUGGAGCGACCAGGGCCAGACGGGGAGUCCUUGCCCCGCUCCGACUCCCUCACCUCCUUCACCCUGGACCUGGGCCCCUCCCUCAUGACAGAGGUGCUCAGCAUGAUUGACAUCCACAGCUGCCUUAAGACGUCCAAUCAGAGCCCAGCAGAGAGCGAAGGGGAGGGUCGUGACGAGGAGGACUCGAUGGACACUCCUGUGCAGAGCCCUGAGGUCCUGACCCCGGAGCCGUGUGUGUGCGACAUGAACAGCAGGGGGCGCUGCAGUGGCUCAGAGCGCAGCUCAGCGAGGAGCCCAGAGCUGUCGGAGUGCGGGAUGGAGGCUGAGAGCUUCCAAAGAGCCGCACAUGUGCUGUCGCGUCACUACGGAGGCGCAUCCUUCACCCAGAGGAACAGAGGGAGCAUGUCGCCCAUCUGCAACUAUGGCAACGCGUCACCUGUCUGUAACCAUGGAAACGUGUCAGCUUGUUCUUCUUCAGAGGAUGAGGAAGAGAUCAAAGUUUGA